AUGGCUAUGUCGCUUGUACAACACAAGGCGGAGCUUAAUUGUAAAACCAAUCACGUUCAUACAGAAAACGUACGACAUUCAAUAGCCGUUAGUGAAAUGUUGCCGUAUUCUACCGUCGCUGCUAUUGAUUACGCAGCUUAUCAGUCACGUUCUGGAUUGUCUGCAUCAAAUGGAACAUCGUUUACACACUCCUGGUUGGUACCAACGCAGGAAAUAAGCAGCGUAAAUUUUAAGCCCAAUCAACAGCAGCCGAUUGAACCGGGGCACGUUUCUUACGACUCUAAGAAAGGUCAGCGCUUAUCUGAAAUCAAUGAUUCCCUGAAUUGGUAA